CCAGAUCGAGGAGCAGCAAAGCAUGCUUUCGCUACUAUUUAAAUGUAGUAGGCACGCCAGUACAACAGGCUUUGGUUCAUUCGUCGCAUUAUCACAAGCCAUAACCACUCCCCUUCUUCUCUCGCGCGCAUGGCUGCUCCUCACCGCGCAAGGGCGCCGCUGCUCCUACUGUUAUCCCUCCUCUUCUUCUCCGUGGCAGCGGCAGAGACCGGCGGUGCGACGUCGCACCUCCACUUCUACUUCCACGAGCUCUUCUCCGGUGGGCCAAACGGCACGACGGCCCAGUUGACACAGCCGCGUGGCGGCACCAACAACGGCUCCUACUUCGGCGCGGUGGGCGUCGUCGACGACAUGCUCCGUGAAGGCGCCGACCCGUCGUCCCGCCUCCUCGGCCGCGCGCAGGGCCUCGCCGUCGGCGCGUCCCUCUCCGACGGCGCGCUGCUUACGAUGCUCAACUUCGUGUUCACGGACGGGCCGUACAACGGCAGCACGCUGGAGGUGUUCGGUCGCGCGCUGCUGGGCACGGUCAUGGAGCGGCCGAUCAUCGGCGGCACGGGCGCCUUCCGGAUGGCGCGCGGGUACACGCUCAGCAAGAUGGUCAAGUCACCGGACCCCAACAACCUUCUCAUCCUCGAGUACGACGCCUACAUCUGGCACUAGAAGGCGCGCUAUUUUGUCCUUUCUCUCCCGUGUGAUGUUUUUUCUCCCGUUGUGUUUUUAACUUUAGAUGUGUAAGUGCGUUGACUUGACCAGUCUGAAUAAACUUACUCCGUUGUGAUGCGUUUUA